AUGCAUUGUGGGAUUGAUAUUGGAACGGGAUCAGUAAGAAGUUACCAUGAAGACGGAUUUUCUGAUGUCAGAGAAACCAUUACUACUAAGCAUAAUAAUAGAGUGAUUACACAAUCUUCUAAACAGAUCUUUGACUCAAUUCUCGAGAUAGUAAAGAACCCCACCUCGAUAUGUUUCACUGCAACCUGUUCUAUGGUAGUCAAACAAUUGAUCGAAAAAGAUGGCAUCAAAUACUUGGCUCCCUUCAAUUGUGGUUUGAAUGCUGAUCAGGAUCAAGACAUUAUACUAUGGAUGGACAAUAGGGCGGUUGAACAAGCUAAACAGUUGAAUAAACAUUUGAGUGGUAGUGGCAUUAAACAAACCAUCAGCGAGUUCAUACCUGAAUUGGGUUUACCCAAACUCAAAUGGCUCAGUGAUAAUUAUGGACAAAUUGGUGAGUUUGGUGAAGUAGGAGGUUUGUACUGUUUCGAGUUAUAUGAUUGGUUCAACUAUGUUUUCCAAAUAGGGUAUGUGGAAAACUUGGUGGAGUUCAAAUUACAUAAUCUCAUUUAUGAAGAAGGUCAAGGAAUUGAUGGAUCGAUAAAAGGAUGGAAGAAAAGUGACAUUGCAACACUACAAUUGAAACCCAAUGUAUUCAUAGCAGCAGCAGAAAGUGUAACGAAGAGACCUAAGAAAUUGAUGUCGUUGGGGGAAAUUGUAGGAGAAUCAUCAAUUUUCCCGUGUUUGAUUCGUCAUGGAUGUAUUGAUUCUUAUGGAGGGUGGGUAUCAAGUUUAACAGAUAUGCCGAAUGUUGUUAGUAUGAUAGCAGGUACAAGUACAUGUUUCAUCCAUCAGAGCGAAACCGCAUCAGUGAAAGGAAUUUGGGGACCAUUUGAAUUGAUUGAGGGUAAAAGAGUGUUUGCCUCUGGUCAACCCGCUACAGGCAAACUUCUUGAAGAUCUUUUUCAAGAGUACCGUCAUCUUGAGCCCAGUUUUGAAUUGGUUGAGACUGCUACACAAGAUUUAGAGAAACUCCAUUCUACCUCUAUUAAUGAAAUGAUCAAAAAUUACUUUUAUUAUGGGGACAAGUAUGGCAAUAGAACUCCACUCAAUAACUUCCAAAUGAACCAAAUGUUUAUUGAUGGUGUUAAUUCCAACGACUUAUUAGGGUCUGUGUUUACCAACAAUUUAGAAUCAUUAAUCAUCAAAUAUAAUCUCAUAUUGGAAUUCCUUGCAUUUCAAACCCACCAAAUAUUUUCACUAUUCGAAGAUAUUGAAGGCAUUACUAUCAUUGGUCUGCAGGCGGAAAACUCCCGAUUCUUAUCACUUCUUCAAUUUGUAACUGGUAAAGAUAUCUACAUAAUAAAAGACAAUAAUCACGGGUUAAAUGUGGCUAAGGGGGCGAUGAAAAUAGCAUCAGGUGAUGGAUUCCAUAAUAAAUAUCAAAAACUAUCAUUUACACCAUCUCAUUCCCAGCAAAAAGUUUUGGAUAUCAAGAAAAAAACAAUUGAUGCUUUCAUCACUUUACAACAAAAGCUUAACAAUAUAUAUGAAUAG